CAGGCGGCCCCAGCCGGAGCCAUGAUCGAGGUUCUGGCCCAGCUGAGCCGCGGGCCCGUCUUCCUGGCUGGAGAGAUGCUGGAGUGUGGGAUCGUCUUCACCAACCCGCUCUCCGCCACCUCCACCUCCGCCAGCAGGGUCAGCCAAGCAGCUUCUCCGCCUCCUCAGACUUGACCUCUGGGCCUACAACCCCUCUGCUUCACCCCGUGAGCUCUGCUCAGUGAGUCCCACUGACAGAGACCUGUCCACUCCGCAGGGAUUAAUGCACCUCGCCCAGCACCUGCAGUGACACUCACCCAGCGCUGCCAGAACAGUCGGGUCUGUCCGUCACCUGGACACAGCACAGGGAGCCCUUAGGGUAGCCCAGAGAACUGACGGUUGGAGCAUCCUCCAGUCUGGCCAGCCCAGAGCCCAGCCAUGUUGUAGGGAAUCCAUUUUCUUUGAUCUCGUUUGUCAGACUCCAGUGAGAUGCUGGCGUGGGCCAGCGCCCAGAUUCACUGCCAGUUUCAUUCCAGCGAGAGCCGGGUGGCGUUGCCUCCCUCGGAUGACAGCAAGCACGAUGUACAGGCUGCGAACGAGACAGUGUUUGUCCCCAACAGAGGAGAGCGAGGUCAGUGCAUCCUGUCCACACCCCCAAAGAUUCUCUUUUGUGACUUGCGCCUGGAUCCCGGAGAGUCGAAAUCCUACUCGUACUGCGAGACGCUGCCUGUGGACGGGCCGCCCUCCUUCCGGGGGCAGUCGGUGAAGUACGUGUACAAGCUGACCAUCGGCUGCCAGCGGGUGAACUCUCCCAUCAAGCUGCUGCGUGUGCCCUUCAGGGUGCUGGUGCUGCACGGGCUCAAAGAUUAUCAGUUCCCCCAGGACGAAGUGGUUGCCCCCUCGAACCCCUUCCUGGAGGAGGAGGAGGGGGUGAAGAAAGACUCCCGGCUGGCGGACCUGGCCACGGAGCUGCUGAUGGCAGCCACCUCCCGGCGCAGCCUGCACGUGUAUAACAUCAGCAACACCCGGGGCAAGGUGGGCAAGUUCGGGAUCUUUAAGACUGUCUAUAAGAUUGGAGAAGACAUCCUCGGGACCUUUAACUUCUCGGAAGGGGACAUCCCCUGUCUGCAGUACUCGGUGAGCCUGCAGACAGAGGAGAGUAUCCAGGAGGAGUUCCAGCGGCGGCACGGGCAGCCCGUCUCCUACAGCACACACGCCCGCCACCAGGAAUCCUGUCUGCAUACGGCCAGGUGCAGCUUCAGCCUCCCCGUCCCGCUGAGCUCCACGCCCGGCUUCACCACCAACAUUGUGUCUCUGAAGUGGAGGCUGCACUUCGAGUUCGUGACCUCCCGAGAGUCGGGGGAGGCCCACACGGUCCCUGAGAACCAGUCGGAAACCAUCACCUGGACUGGGGUGGAGCAAAUCGAAGUGGAUACCUUCAGCUGGGACCUGCCCAUCAAAGUCCUGCCGACCAAUCCUGUCCUGGCCUCCUACGUGUCCCAGUUCUCCAGCACAAACUCCAUCACUAUCUGAGCUGGGGCAGGACCGAGGUGGGAGGCUGCGGGUGGCGGCUGCCGAGUGGCGGGGCACAGGCCCACUCUGAAUCUUGCACCAGGCCCUGUGCCGGCUGUGCAGCCCUGCCUGUGUGAGAGACACCACUCUGUGCCCAGCACUAGCUGGCUUCUCCUUCCUGAGCCACGUCGCCUGGGCGUGCACAGGAACCCCAGUGCUCUCUGUCAGGGCGGCCUGGCGGCUUUCUCCCCAGUGUGGGGCUCGUGCCCAGCCCAGGGAAGGGCGAAGGUCGCCCUUCCAGUGACUACCCGCGCCAGUCUCCUGGGAAGCCCACGCCCAUUCCCACUGGGGUCUCCCCCCCGCAUGUCCAGUGCCCCUGCCCCCAGCUGGGAGCGACACCCCUCCAGCCUGUGACUGCCCUGGGGCGUCUCCAUCCCGCCUGGGAACUGCAGUCCCCUCUGGUAGAGUCAGCCCCGCAGCAGCCCCCUGCCUGGGACACCCCCAGCAGAGGGGAGGCAGGUGCCCUGCACGCCCCAGCUGGGCUCCUGCACGUGGCUGGCUUCCCGCGGGAGAGGGCAGGGUGACGCUGCUGCUCCAGGACCUCCGACCAAGGGGGAGGCAGGCUGCCAUCCCCACCUGAGCUGGGAGCAAGGAGAUCCUGGCCUGGAGGCUGGGUUCUUGGCCCUGCUCUCCCUGGGGCGGAUGAGUGCUCCCUCUUCUCUCCCUGCACCUGGGCUGGGCCAGGCAAAGACGUCAGUGUAACUCCAUUGCUCCAGGAGUGAACUUGCCCCCCCCCCCCCCAGCACUGCUGUCACACCGACCUGCCCCCGGGUGCUGACAGCACUGGGUCCCAUCGACCUGCGCCCAGGGAGAGCCCCUCCCGCAGGGCAGGCAGCAGCGUCACUCCAGCGCUGUGCUCCAAGUGCUGGAUUGACCGGGGCCAGGCCCGACCCCUCCAGGCUCCUGAGUUCUUUCCCCGGCAGCCCGAUAAAGUGUCUGCUCUGUGUGCAAAGUAAUAAACACCUGAGUGCCCAGCCCACAGCGUUCCUGGGUCCUUACAGCA